AUGGGCAUGCAACUUGAGGAAACAGUCCGAGAGGGACGUUUGACUAAGGAAGCUGGCGCUUCUAGUCAUGUUAAGAAAUUCUCCAAUAAUUUCUCCAAGAAGAAAGAAUUAGAUGUUAGUGUCAUUUCAUAUGGCAGACAAAGAAGAAAGUAUCAACAUGUUGCAGCCGUUUCACCAAUCAUUAGUCCACCAAUGCAACAACAACAUGUUCAGCAACAACCACCAAAUCAACAUCCUCCACAACAGGCUCUCUCUCAAUUCAACAAUCAAAAUCAUAUUAAAAAAAGGCCACGGUUUGAUCAUAUCCCAAUGUCCUAUGCAGAAUUAUUUCCUGCACUGCUAGCUAAAAAUCAUGUUCAGACAAGGUCUCCACCACCUGUGCCAAAUGACCUUCCCUAUUGGUACAAGGCAGAUCAAUUUUGUGCUUACCAUCAAGGGGCACCAGGACAUAACAUUGAAAACUGUUUUGGUCUAAAGUCAGAUGUUCAGAGGCUCGUCAAGAGUGGUAUCCUUUCAUUUAAGGAUGUAAACCCCAAUGUUCAAGUUAAUCCUCUACCGCAACAUAGUUUAGCCUCAGUUAACAUGGAUCAAAUGGACCAAGGUUACAUUGUGCCCUACCAAGCCAGAGAUUAUAAUCAGGUCAAUAUGGUCAAUAGUGACAACGAAGUAAAUGUCAUAGUUCCUCAGUUCAACGACUCCGAGCCUAUACAGAUUACUUAUGAUAGUCGGAAGACUUCUGUGACUCCUCUGGUCAUUAACUUACCGGGCCCAGUUCCCUACCAAUCUGAUAAAGUCGUGUCUUACAAGUACAAUGCUACAAUGACUGAUAAUGGAAAGGAUGUUCCUCUACCCUCCAUUGUUAACGUCGCUGAUGUAAGCAAAGUCACAAGGAGUGGGCGUAUAUUUGCAAAAAGGACUGAGGAUGUCGCAGCAGGAAAGCAGGCUCAUGUUGAGAUCCCUUUUGAACCGGUUGGCCAAUCUAAUAACAUGAAUCCGAAAAGUGAUGAUGAUGAGGUGUUGAAGCUCAUCAGGAAAAGUGAAUACAAUGUGGUGGAACAAUUACUGCAUACACCUUCCAAGAUAUUUGUGUUAUCUUUGUUGAUGAACUCUGAGGCUCAUCGUGAAGCUUUGCAGAAAGUCUUAGAACAAGCUUAUGUAGACCAUGAUGUGACAGUUGGACAGUUUGAUGGUAUCGUCGUUAACAUCACGGCCUACAACAACUUGAGUUUCAGUAAUGAAGAUCUCCCUGAAGAAGGAAGAAAUCCUAACAUGGCACUAAAUAUCUCAAUCAACUGUAUGAAUGACUCUUUGUCAAGUGUGUUAGUGGAUACAUGA